UACCUUUUCGCUAUUGUGGCCGGCUCCUGUAAAUAAGAUAUCUCAUAGGUGCACAGUGUAUGAUUAAACACAUUUUCUGAUGGAGGACAGAUUAAAUACAUUCGGCGCUCUUGACGUUUCGUGUUGGCAAUCCUCUGUGAGCCCGCUUGUUGCUGUGACAUCUCCCCAAGCUACCGUAGCAUGCUACAUUAGCCGGCUAGGAUGCUAGCGUUACUAGCCUCGUAGCUAAUAAGGUUGUUAUUACAGGCCGAGCGUUCACUAAACGGGACAAACAUUUGAAAUGACAGCCGGCUGUAAGUGAACGGAAGACCAUCAAAGACCACAGGUCAAGGUUGCCUUGAUGUUAGACCUCCUGUUCUAGCAUGCAGCCAUGAGCUCUGCCCUGUGGAGCCAGGAGAAGCCCAGUGGUGGCUUCAGGGAGGACUGGCGCUUCUACAUAGUAGUCAAGGAUUGUUCGGUGGAAAAGCAUCCCCAGAAGACCCUGAGAAUCCCCCGUGGCAGCCUCGGCCAGGCCUGUCAGGAACGCAACAGCUUAGGGCGCACACUACCACCUUGCAAGGGCAAGAAAAGUCUCCGCAUUCUAGACCAGACCAAUGUGGUUCUGAGCUUGGAUGAGCGGGAUGUUCUGGAGUUGGACGAGAAGCUAGCUGAGCUGCUUUUCCCCAUUACCAACUGUGAGGAGCGCUAUGCCCUCCUUUGCAACAAGGCACGGCUUGAACGUGUCCGUGACAUUGACUGUGGCUCGAAGGUGCGGGUCCAGCUGCGCUCAGGGGAUGAACCACUUCCUGGUGUUGUGCGGUUCAAGGGCUCACUUCUGCCUGAUAGGGCCCUCUCUGGUGUGUGGUUUGGUGUGGAGCUGCUGGAGGAAGGCCGUGGUCAAGGCUUCACAGAGGGCUCCUACCAGGGACGCCAGCUCUUCCGAUGUGAAGAUGAGUGUGGUGUGUUUGUAGCCCUGGACAAGCUGGAACUCUGGGAAGAUGAGGAUGAGGAGCUGGGUGAGCUGGAGGUUGACCACAUCAAUUUGGUGGAUGAGGAACAGGACUUUCCACCUUUGGAGAUCAACUCCAGGGUCCUGGUACAGACCAGAGAUGGACCGGAGAGAGGCACCAUAAUUUUUUGUGACCUUUUGCCAGGCAAUGAGAGUCUGGGCUACUAUGUUGGAGUUGAUAUGGAUAAUCCUAUCGGGGACUGGGAUGGUGUGUUUGAUGGGAAGCUGCUAUGUAAUUUUGCCAGUUUGGAACACACUCGACUCGUCCCCAUCUGUGACGUAAUGCCAGAAUAUUCCAUGCAGGACCAAAGGCUGCAAAAGCACAGUUUUUCUUCAAGAAGCAUUAGCAGUGAGAAGUCCUCCUCGGGCCAAAGCAAACCAAAGAGCAAAGGAUUAGCUCUCAGUGUUGGCCGUAGAAGCAAGUCUGAAUUUUACUCUACCUUAAAUGGCAGCUCUGUUGAUCACCCUGCCCAGUCCAAAUCCAAAAGCACAUGGUACAUUGACGAAGUUGGGGAGGACCCUGCCAAGUCACUUACUGAAACACCCCCUGAAUUCAACCAGUCCUCGCCGCCUUCCAGAGCUCCGGCUUCUGUUUCUUUGUCCAGUGACAACAAAUUCCACUCUCUACCCUUCAGCCUGAACAGGAAAGCUGGGCCCAAUGGCAGCAUGAGUCAUGGGCCCCUCUCCCUUUCUGUACAGUCAGUGAUGGGAGAGCAGCCUGAGCCUCCUUCUCCUGCUGCUCCCCCUUCACCACGGCCUCCCACCCCUCCCCGAGGACAGUCAGGUCUAGAAGUGGGCUCCCUGGUGGAGGUGAAGGAGAACCCGCCUCUCUGUGGUGUCAUCCGUUGGGUGGGUCUACCUCCUGGCCUACUGGAGCCUUUGGCUGGCCUUGAGUUGGAAGAAGAGUGUGCUGGUUGCACUGAUGGCACCUUCAAAGGUACGCGUUACUUCACCUGCCCACCCAAAAAAGCCCUGUUUGUGAAGCUCAAGUGCUGUCGGCCUGACUCCCGCUUCCCAUCCCUGCACCAUUCCUCCAACCCUAUAGAGCGUUGCAACUCCAUUGCAUUUGGGGGUUACCUGAGUGAGGUGGUACAUGAGAACACUCCUCCCCGCACAGAACAUGAUGGUUUGGAUGUCAUGGUGGGAAAAAAGAAAGGCAUUCAGGGCCACUACAACUCCUGCUACCUAGAUUCAACCCUCUUCUGUCUUUUUGCAUUUAGCUCAGUACUGGACACAGUUCUCUUGAGGCCACGCUCAAAGACUGAUGUGGAGUAUUACAGAGAGACCCAAGAGCUGUUACGUACAGAGAUAGUGAAUCCACUGCGCAUACAUGGGUAUGUGUGUGCUACUAAAGUGAUGAAGCUUAGAAGGAUCCUGGAGAAGGUGGAGGCUGCUUCCGGAUUUACCUCUGAAGAAAAAGAUCCUGAGGAAUUUCUCAAUAUCCUUUUUCAUCACAUACUGAGGGUGGACCCAUUACUCAAGUUAAGAUCAGCAGGACAAAAGGUCCAAGACUGUUAUUUUUACCAGAUCUUCAUGGAUAAGAAGGACAAGGUUGGAGUUCCUACCAUCCAACAGCUCCUCGAGUGGUCCUUCAUCAACAGUGACCUCAAGUUUGCAGAGGCUCCCUCCUGCCUUAUCAUCCAGAUGCCCCGCUUUGGCAAGGACUUCAAAAUGUUCAACAAGAUUUUCCCCUCGCUGGAGUUGGAUAUCACAGACCUCCUUGAAGACACUCCAAGGGAGUGUCGAAUCUGUAGUGGCCUGGCUCUCUAUGAGUGCCGCGAUUGUUAUGAGGAUGGUGACAUCACCGCAGGCAAAAUAAAACAGUUCUGCGAAAAGUGCAAUACCCAGGUUCACCUCCACCCGAGGAGGAAAGCACAUCGGCACGGCAAACUGUCUGUCCCCAAGGAGCUCCAAGAAGGCAUGGGCCGUCAGGGACACUUCCCCCGCCAGCGGAUGGAGCUGUUUGCUGUGCUGUGUAUUGAAACCAGUCACUAUGUGGCCUUCGUCAAGUACGGCAACGCAGAUUCGGCCUGGCUCUUCUUUGACAGCAUGGCUGACCGUGAUGGAGGGCAGAAUGGGUUCAACAUCCCCCAGGUGUCACCCUGUCCGGAGGUGGAGGACUACCUGAAAAUGACCCCAGAGGAGCUGCACACCCUGGAUCCAAAGAGCAUCCAGGGUCAGGCGCGACGCCUGCUGUGUGAUGCCUACAUGUGCAUGUACCAGAGCCCUACAAUGAGCCUGUACAAGUAAAACCCUCAGCCUCUCCCUGCGCCUCAUCAGCCCACCAACCCCACCAACAGGGCAGGAGAUGCCAAUAAAGACCAAAAAUGAAAAAUAAACUGAAGGAAGAAAGGCUGCCUGACAGUAGGGGGCGCUGUCCACAGUUAGCCGUCUCCACCCCAGCGCUCCUUAACGUCCGUCCAUCUCUCGAAGCUGGGCGGUGGGGGAGAUGGGGAGAAACCAGUUUGCACUGUGCAUUAGUUGAAGUGUUGUGUUCUUUAUGUCGUCCUAUGUAGCUUCCUUGUGUCUCACAGCUGAGCGUUUAAUGGUGAAUGAUGAAGAAAUGGCCUUAUGAAGAGUCGUUCUCUGUUAAGGGAGGAAGGAGAAAAUGCUCUGGGUGGGAAGGGUAUGCCCACAUUGCUGCGGCUGGCACAACAUGACCAAGAAAAACAAGAGAAACUAGAAGGGAGGACUUUUGGCCACCUCAUUUACCUUAAGAAAAAGGGAGUCAUGCUGUUCUUAAUCACUGUAGGAGAUGGGAGCUUUUCGUGAUGCCACUUUAAGGGAGUAAUGCAAUGUGCACAUCCUCAUCCAGUCAAUAUACACUGCUCUAAAAACAUGUAAAAUCCUCUUCAUAGCACCAAGUUCUGCAGCUAGUAACAUCAGUAGUAUAAUUGUCAGCCUACUGCACAGUUGCAUUUAUAACCGGAGUAUUCUACACUUUGUCACCCACUUUGCAUAUUCCCCACUUUGUAAACAUCUUUACAGUGUUUGUUUUGCAGGAACAGACAGACCAGUGCACAGGUAACGGAAGGUUCCACUACUUGGCUCCAUUCCUGCUCCACCCGUGCUGCACUUUGACUCCACACCCAAAUGGACCUUUCAGGAAACAUUAGCAUUUUGCUCCUUUAUUUUCUCCCGUUGGAAGUCACACAGAGUGUUAAUUUAUGUGUCAGGAGACAUCGGAGUUCUGUGUUACAGAAUACAAAUUUGGUUCCCCUCUGUGUAUUUGGGAAAUGGUCUUUCUAAUGCGGAGUAGAUGCCAGAUGAACACAUAAAGGGAGGCCGCUGUGAGACUUCCUGUUGGCCGAGCACACCGGGCAUUCAUUGGGUCAAAGAGGUGAAAUACUGGAAACGUUUGGCUUGGUAAUACGAAUUAAGAGUGUGAUUGGAAAGAUUUUGAUAUGCAGUUUACUGUAAGUUUUUUACUCUGUGUGUUGAUGAUUAAAUUAUAUUUUAUGUUUAUUUUCUCCACCCAUCACAGCAGUUCUAAUUCCCAGUGGGUGAACAGAGUAUUUCCAUGCUGCCUCUCAUGAAGAUGUGACAGUCAUGCAUCAGAUGACGUAAAAUCUUAGAUCAAAUGCAUUUAUUUAUUACAGUCUCAUAAUCUUACAAACGUAUUAACCUUUUAAGAAAAACUGGGGUUGAUGAGAAGUUUUAGGUACUGCUUAUCCUUUUUCACUGUAAUGGCAGUUUACACCGUCUCUUGCAACGAACCACUGCAAAGUUUGCAAAGAGUGCCGGGGAAAAGAGCCACCAGGCUUUUACACCGUAACUUUGACUCUGCAGUGAGUACAUAAUGGUCCCAUUCCAAACAGUGUUAAAUCAACUCCAUCUGUGUCUGCUAUAGUGUUAAAUCAUGUUGGUCAAUUCUAAUAGAGUUCCUUUAUACUAUGACAGAGAUGACACCAUUUUGAGUGGGACCAUACAGAAUGUACUCACUGUAGAGUCAUUUUAACUCUGCACAUUUGACUGUAAGUGUAUUUUAAGAGGGAAAAUACUUGAUUGGUGAUCCAGUGAUAUACCGGUGUUGAGUAGCUACAAUAUACUAUUAAUGCACGGUAAAUUUUGCAGAGUUAAAUAGACUCUGCAGUGAGUACGCACUGUGUGGUCCCAGUCCAAAGUGUGAAAUGAAUAACUGUUAGAGUUGAUUGAAUACUGUUUUGUAUGGUUCUCUAUGUACUCUGCAAAAUUUAUUGUAUACCUUUGUUGAUUUUAUAGACAGAAUUUCUUCUUUUUGUAAUAAAUAAACUUAAAAAUCCUUCUGAUGUUGCAAUCUUCUGACAUUGGCAUCACAACUUCAUUGGAUUUGGUUGUAAAGAGUCUAAGGUAUUGAGCCCAGAAGACAACACCCAAAAUGUUUUGUGAUUGUUUCCCCCGCCACUGGGAUUUAGGUCAGGAUGCUUUUUGUGCGAACAGUUACUGCACUGCAUAAGCUUAAUGCUUGUCACUGACUGGAACACGUCCUCCAUAAGAGCAGUGUUAAAACAGAGGAUGGACCUUUUAUUAUUUUGGUUGCAUUUGUACAGUAGACUUGUAUGUAAUGGGUGGAAAGUUAAUGUCAGUGAUGUUCCUGUAAAUGUUAAUGAAAUAAAUUUCAUUUUGAAGGGAA